AUGCCUCAAUCAGAAUUUUGUGAACGCACAGCCGGCUCUCACUGCAAAGCUUCUUGUGUCAAGCGCCCAGUUCUUCAAGCGAGCUUCGAGCAAGAGUCGACAUUUGUCCGAAAGCGCCGUGUCUUCCGUGGCAAAAUCGGGCAAUGUGCUGUAUGGCACUUCACAAAGCACAAGAUUUCCCGAGAACUUAUCUCCAUGAACCGCCUCACAAAUGACACAGACACGAGAGAGAAAGCUGAGAGGAUCACACCCAAUUACUUGAUGGAUCCUGUCAACAAGUUUCCCACAUCAACUCAAACAAAGUCGACGCUCAGAUCGUGUCCGCACGAAUGGAAUGGUUAA